UAGAAUUAUGUGAAAUCAUAUACGGGAAUUAAAAGCACAGUUAUGUGUGGCUGUUAUGUAAAAGUACUUAUAAGAGACGAGGAGUGACGGUGGGAAUGGGUGCGCUAACGAUGUGGCAUGGGUGAAGAAAGGGAAAGAGACCCAAUGGUUGUUGUUAUGGCUCAGUCAGUGUUGAGGAAUCUAGUGUAGAGAGAGGGCGGAAAUACUCACUUGGUGGCAAACAGAAAACAAUUAUUUGUGAUACGGUGAAGAAGAAAGUGUGACGAAUCUUUGAGACGCUCGGGAGAUUCUUUACUUCCGACGGUGCUUGGUAUGAACAUCUCCCCUUCGGGGAGAUACUCAACGGGCGAAUAAAUGUAUAGCGGAUGGGCAGACGGAACAAGAAAAUGAUGACGAAUGAAGAGAAUUUUUCCUCCUUCACUCUGUCCAUUGAGGAUCUGAAUGGGGUGGUGUCUCAAGAGGAUGUAGAAAUGGUGGUCGAUGAUGCUUUCGAUCCCCUUCCACAUGAGGAGAGUCACUAUGUGGCAAGUGAGGACAUUCAAAUGAAGGAGCGAGAAAUUGAAUUGAAGGACGUAGUGAAGGAGGGUCAUGAGAAGGCCGAUCCAUCGCAAUUUGAACUAUUGAGGGUUCUGGGUGAGGGAUCUUUUGGCAAAGUGUUCCUAGUGCGUAAAAUUGUCGGUAAAGAUGCUGGAACUCUGUAUGCCAUGAAAGUGUUAAAGAAGGCUACACUGAAAGUGAAGGAUCGUGUUAGGAGCACCAAUGAGAGAAAUAUUUUGGCUGAUGUUGGACAUGCUUUCAUUGUUAAAUUGCACUAUGCCUUCCAAACACCUGGAAAAUUGUACUUGAUAUUGGAUUUUCUACGUGGUGGCGAUUUAUUUACUAGACUCAGCAAAGAAGUAAUGUUCACGGAGGAGGAUGUAAAAUUCUACCUUGCCGAAUUGGCUCUGGCACUUAAUCAUUUACAUAGUAUUGGGAUUAUUUAUAGAGAUCUUAAGCCAGAAAAUAUUCUUUUAGAUCAAGAUGGCCAUAUCGCCUUAACGGAUUUCGGAUUGUCAAAACAGCCAUUGGAUGGGUCGAAGACGUACAGCUUCUGUGGCACUGUGGAGUACAUGGCACCAGAGGUGGUGAAUAGGAAGGGUCAUCAUUUUGCUGCUGACUGGUGGUCAUUUGGUGUGCUUAUGUAUGAGAUGUUGACGGGAAAUCUUCCAUUUCAUGGUGCUACACGACAAGAGACAAUGAAUCAGAUUCUCAAGACGAAACUCGGAAUGCCGGAUAAUCUGAGUCCGGAGGCACAGUCACUGCUACGAAUGUUGUUUAAGCGUAAUCCGCAAAAUCGUCUUGGAGCUGGACCAGGUGGCAUUGAGGAUAUCAAGAAGCAUGAAUUUUUCGCUACAAUCGACUGGGAUGCAUUGGUGACGAAACAGGUUCGGCCGCCCUUCAUUCCGGCUGUUUCGCGCGAUGAUGCCUUCUACUUCGACACAGAAUACACAAGUAAGUCACCGAGGGAUUCACCUGGGGGUCCUGUUAGUGCGAGUGCCCAUGAAAUCUUCCGAGGAUUUAGUUUUGUAGCACCGGGUCUACUGGAUGAUGCCGGAAUGCCACUGUCAAAUGGUAGUGCUGGCGCUGUAGCGGCUAUGCAGCCAAAACUUCCAUUUUCCAAUGAGAUUCCGGGUGUGAAGCCAGGAGCCUUCUGUGAUGAGUACAAUAUGAUGCAGGAAUUGGGACGUGGUACAUUUUCUGUGUGUCGACUGUGUGAGCAUAAGCAGACACGGAAGCAGUAUGCAGCGAAGAUAAUCAGCAAGUCUGGUCAUGAUUGUCGGGAAGAGGUGGAAAUUCUUCUGCGAUAUGGAAAUCAUCCCAAUAUUGUGACACUUUUUGGGGUUCACGAGGACAAUUCGUAUGUGUAUCUAGUCAUGGAGUUACUGAAGGGUGGUGAAUUGCUCGACAGGAUACUCACGAUACAGAGGAUGUCAGAGACGGAGGCGAGUGCUGUUUUGCGAACUGUCGUCUCAGCAGUGGCCUAUCUCCAUGAGCAUGGUGUCGUUCACAGGGAUUUGAAGCCAUCAAAUUUGCUAUAUGCUUCCGUACAACAAACCCCAGAAUCUCUCAAAUUGUGCGAUUUGGGAUUUGCCAAGCAACUCCGUGCUGACAAUGGUCUUCUCAUGACACCGUGCUAUACGGCCAAUUUUGUGGCACCCGAAGUGCUGAAGCGUCAGGGAUACGAUUUGGCGUGUGAUAUUUGGUCUCUGGGUGUCCUCCUCUAUAUUAUGCUGGAUGGAAAGACGCCCUUUGCCAGUACACCCAAUGAUUCACCUGAAAUGAUCCUUGCAAGAAUUGGUUCUGGACAAAUUGACACGGACAGUGGGAGAUGGAAAUCCAUUUCGCCAGAGGUGAAAGAGCUACUUCGGCAUAUGUUGCAUAUUGUACCACAAAAGAGACCGACAGCUGCGCAAAUUUUAAGGCAUUCCUGGCUGUGGCAACCGCCUCCGGAUCUCAAUAGACAGUCCACAGAUGUGCAGAAUAUUCAUCAUCAGCAGAAUCUGGCGACUGGAGUGGUGCCGGUGAGAGAUCAUACGGCUGCGCUGAGAGGAGCUGUGAAUGCUACCUUCAGGGCGAUUGCAUCUCCGCAGGCAGCCAAUGUGGGUCCUGUGGGAAUGUCGGAAUUAGCAAAACGGCGUGCCAGGGAUAAAUCAGCCAAUUCCCAUGUAUAAUUGUUUGUUUUGUCUCUGUCUUGUUGAUUGAUUUUUAAGUUGCCAUCUUCCCAAGAAAAAAAAAUAGUAAAUUGUUCAUAAUUAUUUUUUCCCCAACAUGUUAAUUUUUAUUUUUGAAGAAAAAAAAUCAAAUGUUAUUUUCUUGUGUAGUGCUAGAUUAUAAACAAAAAUAUUUAGGUGUAGUUUCUUUUGUACAAAACUCAAUUUGAGACGUUUUAGUCACUCAAUUUUAUUUCACAAACUUGUUAACUCCAAUGACAAAAAUAUAAUUAUUCCAAUUUAGUGAGCUAAUUAUCAACAUUCAUGAUGAAGAAUAAAAAAGAACUCUUAUUGCUAAACUUUUAGGACACUUUACGUUUGAAGGUGUUUCUUCUUCUUGAAAAACAACAACAACAAAAAGAGGUAAAAGGCGUACAUCUAAUCAUAUUUUAAGCCAUAUUUUUGAUGAUAAUUCACUUGCAAUGGUUAAUCGAUUGUAGAAUUAUGUUUAAUGAAAGUGUGAGAUAAAAAAGGCAUAAAAUUUUUACAGUUUUAAUUGUUAACAUAAGAAUGUAAAAUUAAUCAAUUAUUCUACUUGAGAUAUACAGAAAUGAAAGAAAAAAAACACUUUGCUUCCACUAAAGAGGACAUUUUAACUUUAUAUACGGACAAAUAGUGUAUCUUUUUUCUAUGUCGCUGCAGUAUUUUCAAAAAAACUGUUGCAAGCAAUUAUUGUGGCAAAAAAAAAUUGUGAGAAAAAGAUGCGAUGGUGUAACUGUACAAAGCCAGUGAAAAAGAAAAAGAGAAUUGCAGAUAUACAGGAAAAUAAAUUGUACUGAUGUCAGCAUUGUAUUUGAUGAGCGUGAAUAUCUUUAACAAGGAUUUAACUAAAUUAUUGUGACUUUCUCUAUACAGAAGCAUUAAAUGAAAUAUAAAUUUAUUCUAUGAGAACAUGAUA